AUGGCUGACGAUGGUGCAUCUCAUCGGGAGCUCGUUGUGGAAGCCUGUCGACGAGACCAGCUCCAUUUGAUUGAACAGGUCUUGAAGGACCUGAAGGGGAAGUCGAACGAAGAAGUGGCGAAGUUCUUCAACAGUGUCACAGAUCCAUUGGGGAACCAUGCCCUUCAUAUCUGCGCCGCAUACGGAAGCUACGACAUAAUGGAUUCUCUUUUUGAUAUCCAAUUUUUCGAAUGUGACCCCCUCACUCGUCUCGAUAAAGAUACCCCACUUCAUGUCGCAGUCCGGUACGCCAACGAAAAGGACUCCGAGCUUGGCUUGGAAAUGAUUAAGAUGAUGUGUGAAGCGGGCUGUGACCCACGGGUCAGAAAUAAACAUGGACAGAAGCCUGCCGAGCUCGUUUACAAUAACAGCGAGAUCAAGUCCACUCUACAGCAAGCCGAGUACAUACUUACCGAGGGCCUGCAUCAGGAUGCAGACAACGGUUCUGCUCAUGGCAGUGCCAGCGAUAGCGAGUAA